CUCCCGUAAUCGGAUAACACGUGCGUAAACGAUAAUUAAGACGAUGAGCGAGGAAGUUGAGGAGAAUGGUCAGACAGACGCGAAAACUGUGCAAACGCUGCAAACUCCCCGGCCGUCGUCGCCGCGAAAAUUCUUCGCUCGUAUUUACGGUCAUUUAGAGGAGCCUAAGAGGGCGAGUGUGGUGGAAAAUGUUUCGGGGUUCGAGAGCGAGUCGUCCUCGGACGUGGAGAUCGGAGAGAGCGAAGGUUCGCUGGAGGUGCAGCCGAGGGAACAGCCGCUGUGGCCGCCUCCGCCGCCUCUGCCUCUGUGUCCUCGCCCGAUGCUGCUGCCGCACCAACAAUUAGCUUUCGGAGCUGGUCUGGCUGCUUUUCUGGCUCGCAGACGCCGCAAGGAGAGCCGGCCGCGUCGACAGCGCACCACCUUCUCUGCACAUCAAACUCUUCGGCUUGAGCUGGAGUACGCAAGAGGGGAAUAUGUCGCUAGAGCUAGAAGAUGUGAACUAGCAUCAGCUCUAUCGCUCAGCGAAACUCAAGUCAAGAUAUGGUUCCAAAACAGAAGAGCUAAAGACAAAAGGAUUGAAAAAGCGCAACUGGACCAACAAUACAGACACUUAGCAGCUGCAUCAGGCUUGUUUCCGACUGUGCUGUCUCCUGCAUAUUGCGCACAGCCUCCGUGCCCCUGUCUACCAGUUCAUCCGCCAACAAUAAACGACAAAUAGGAAAUAUCUAUAUUUAAUGUUAUUAUACUUUAAAUAGAUAGCCUAAAAGAAAAUAGUUUUCUGAAAAGCUGAGCAAACUGAUUUACCCAACUGUUACAGCAAGUCAUUUAGGAUGCUAAUGAACUUCGUCACUGGUGCGAAACGUACCUAGUUGAAACAUUUCACUAAACGUUUUCAAACAAUGGCCAAACGAUGGUGGGAUGAAUGGCCGAUACACUUAUUUUGAGACGAUUAUAAAAAAAAAACAGUUACCAGUGUAACUGUACCUAGGUUUAAUCUGGCCGCGGCCCAAUAGAUUUAAUAAACAUUUUAUGUGAACGACCUACUUAGAGGUCAUUAUAUUGUUGUUUUAGUGCGUUCGCGUCUGAUAGCAACAGCAAUCGUACCAAAAACGUUUAUUUUCCGCAUUCAAUAGGUAGGUAAAAAGCCUGACAAGUAAUAAGCAUUAUUGUAUCUAAAUUGUGUUUUUGUAAAACUCAUAAAAAUACUCAAGUCAAGAGUAGUUAUUUUUUUAACUUUUCAGAUUUAUUUUACCGUUAGUUAUGAAAGACCUGUAAUGUAAUUUAUUAAAUUAAAAGUAAGUACAUAUAUUAAGUCUCAGCAACUUACUUUUUCGUUGAAAAUAAACUAAUGUUACUAAUGUAUAUGUAAAUAAAGUCUAAUUUAGAAUAGAAUACGCUGAAAGGUAAGAUGUUGAAUAAAACAAUGGUGUUAGAUUUUCAGUGGUUUUAUUUGGAUAGAGUCGACUUACCAUGGCCUAUUCCACGGUGGAAGGCUCGCGCACGUGUAGAACAAUCCAUGGAAAAUAGUGUUUAUUUAAUUGUAUGCACACAAAUAAAACAAUCAUAUCUCUACAUCAAAACAACUUAACUUUAGAAAGAUAAUAAUAUAUCUUUUAGACAUAUAAAUGAUUAUAAUUAAAUGCUUAUACAAUUCAUAUUGCUGAAUUAGAUAGAAUACCUAUAAUUUAUAGUUGUAAUGUCAACUUUUCCAUUUCAUUAUUUGGGCUAAACUAUAAUGAUAACGAUAAACAUUUCAUAAAUGUUUCAUCAACAAAUUCAGAAUUCAUUUCCUAUUUCUAACACCAAGAUAUUAUAUUUUAAAAUUGUAUUAUUUUCUUUUACACUGACACUUGACUGGUGCUCACAAGUGCGUUGUCAUAAAUUAUAGAUACUUUAACACAUCGCUUUCAUUCAAUAAUAUAUUUUCAUUAUUUUGGAAUGUUAUAGCUAUCUAUCUAAUCAUGGACGAUAUAUUGAAAAAGAAUAAAAUAUAAUCUACAAUUUUAACAUUAAAAUAUUAACAGAAAUAAUAUAAAUCUCCUCACUUAAUGACUAAAAACGCAAAUAUAAUGUUAUGCCACAGCUUUUACAGUACAUAUCAUCCAAUUGGACUUGGACAGGGUUUAAUUUAAAAUUGCAUUACCUCACAUA